GUUGCAAUGUCUUUGUUCAAUUUAAAAGAGGUUUGGAGUAAACGCCCGGAAAAGCAGCUUGAUUUCAUUCCUUCUAGUUUUCAAGUUCUUGCUGUAAACUCUUCCAACUGCUUGAUUUGUGCGAGUAUCAAUGGAAAUAUAAAAAUUUUCUGUCCUGGUCGUGCUGAGCCGAAUGAUGAGCUUGCUGAAUUCUCCAUUGGAACUGAAGUACAUCAAAUCAGAUGUGGGAGGUUUGUGUCUAGCUCUUCAGACGUUCAGUUAGGUGUGCUAUGUCCCCGAUCUAUCAAAAUUCUCUUCAUUAACUUCAAUGUUUCUGAAUCUUUCCAAGUCUCUUUGGAACCAGCGUAUGAGCAUGUUCUUGAGCGUUAUUCCUUCAACAUGGUAUGUGGCCCAUUUGGAAAGGGAAAUUCGGACCGAGAUUUUAUAUGCGUACAGUCACUGGAUGGGUUCUUAACAAUAUAUGAGCAAGAAACAAAAGGAUUAUCGUCUAGUGUACCCGAGUUUCUUCUGCCUUCAAGUUUUCUCUACAUGGAUACAUCUGAUAGCUUUGUUUUGGCUAGUCUAUCUCAGACAGUAUCGUCUUACCAGUAUCAAAAUUUUACCUCAGAUUCUUCAGCUAAGGCUAUGAAGCCAGAAUGGACGUUCAAUUGUGGCGAAAAUAUUUGCGAUUUGCGCUCAGUCAAUUAUGAAAAUUGCCAGCCUUCAAUUCUAGCUUUAGGCGACAGAAAUAUUUACUGCUUCACAGACACCGGUACUCUGCGAUUUAUCAAGAAAUUGGAUUGCACGCCUAUAUGUUUUCACUCCUAUUCCUCGCUCGUUAACGACUCAGUCAAUUACAUGAUUGCCACAACAAACGCCAGUUUGCUAGUACUGCAGGAUCAGAAACUAAAUUGGACAUCCCAGCUGCCGUUCACGCCAUGUUUUGUGACAACAUUUGGGUACAAUGGAAUUUCAAAUUUAAUCUUGGCAGCUAGUUCUGCGGGACGUGUAAUGCUCGGAUAUCUGGGAACGGAUCCAGAUUUGACUUCAUAUGUGACUCGUCUAGACUCGAGGACUACAGAAAACUAUGAAAUGCUACAGUCGCAAUUGUCUGGUGUACGAUCGACUAUAAGUGGAAAACAGUUAAGCGUUGAACAAAGGGAUGAUUCACAGGAUCAAAUCGAUUUAGUAGCUCAUGUUCCUGAUACCCUUGACUCACAUUCCCGCGUGCGAGGAUCUUCAGUACCAUCGGUUACUGUCUCAAUUUCUCUCACCGGAAAAGCAGUUGUCAACGAUAUUGAAGUAGUUGUGUCGCCCUUACCACCAAUUACCGCUGCAAAGUCGCAAAUUCAAGUUAUCUCUGCUGGUGGUAGCAAGAAUGAAACAAAAGUUGAGUUUACAUUUUAUGUCGAGCAGUAUGCUACACCUUCAGACUUAACUGUUCCUGUAUCUGCUUCCUUUAGAACUUCAACUGGUAGACCGAAAGUAUCACAAACUAGUUUCAGACUUCCAUUCAACUUGUGUUGCACGGUCUGUGAACCGAAGAAGACGCAAGAACACAAAUUGACCCUGGAUUUUAAUAGAACCCCAUUGCCAGUGGCGCAGCUGUUUAGCAACGUCUUUCCGGAGCACUCAGCCGCUGAAAAUAAUAAUGCGAUUGCUUUUCAAUUCUUCUCUGGUGCUGUUGUGACUAUUCUGACUGCUAGCAAAUCGAAUAGAUACCGUUUCCAAUCUGACGACUUUGAUGCAAUUUGGCUAGCUUUGAGUCAGUUUGAAAUUGUAAUAGCAUGUGCUGCGAGCACGGAAAGUCUAGGAUACUCGGGACAGAUACCGAUUCAAGAGUUGCUCAAUGCAGUUGAAUUGCACUCCCAAAUCCGAAUCAACUUGGCGAACAUUUCAGAACUCGUCGUACAAAGGUCUACUCAAUUCAGAGUAAUCCAGAAAAGACUGCUUGCAAAGUUCAAAGAAAAGAACGCAGAUAGUUUAAUGAAUAUGGACGCGCUGUUAGAAGGAACGUACAAACAACUGAAUUCUCUGGGAGAAGCAGCAGAAGAAAUGGAAGAUCAACUGAAGGUGUCUGGCUGCAAAUUGAGUUCAGUUUCCAAAAUACUUUUUUUCCUGUGUAAAUUGAUCAAGAACUUGAGCACAGAAGAGCAGCAAACUAUUGAGAAUGCAUUCUCAAGCGAGCUUCUGUUCUCAAAUCCAUCAGACCAAGGAUGGGAGGAGCACGCAGAUGCAGCUAUUACUCAUCUGCUGAAAACGACAAUGUCCAAAGACCCUCGCGAAGACAAUUCUCAGAUUGUUACUCUGGAGAAGUACCCUUCACCUGAGAAACUGCUCCGACACGUCAAGCUCCUCAUUGACAGGAUAAUGAAAGGGGCAUCACCGGGAGGUGGUAAGAGUAGAAGCAGUUCUUCGACUUCCAGAAGUGUACCUUCUUACAGACCAGAAAAGGCACAGUUCAAUGAUAGUCACGCAAUUAUGGAGGAAGACGAAGACGACGCAGAAAGCGCUCAACAAACAAGGUCUUAUGACGUCAUAGAAAAAAGAGCACCUUUUCCGGUCUCUGAGAAUGGAAUGAACGAAGAUAAGGAAGAAGUGAACGGGCACGGAGAUAACCCGACCUCAGAUGGAUCUCAGAGUCCUGGAAAGGCCAUGAAUGGUCUGGAACAUUUCGACUUCUCAAGUGAGCUCUAAAAAAUGUGUGGUAUCCUUAUUCCUAUUGAUUCAUUUAUCUUUGUGUGCCAACUUUAUUAUAUUUUCGGCUAUAUUCAUUGAAUUUCAAAGAUUCAUGCCGCUCAGAUGAUAUUUUUGGUUAGUGCGAUGAGUCGAUUCUGUUUUCAUCUAAUUUCGAACAGAUUUUAUUUUCAGUGUUAGCUAAAUUAAAAAAAAAAGUUGCACAUUUUUUAUUUGGAUGAAAUAUUUUCUUUCGGGUUCGCUAUUGAGUUAUUGUUCAGAUAAACUAGUUUCAUGUUUUUGAAUGUAGUACUUCAAAUUCUGUACAUAAGUUCUAGUUCUGUAAAUAAGUGAAUAUGUACCAUUAUCAUACUUACUUCGAAGUUGCUGUAAAUAAAUUGAUAUUCUCAUGCACAAAUUAUUCAUACCAUUAAGUGUUAAUUAAUUUUGCCGGCACUAAUCAUGUUACAUUAUCUUCAUUUGAAUGAGACUUGCCAUUAGGCAUUCGCUUUCCUUGAAAAUUGAUCCCUCCAUUCA